GACGUAUUAGAUUACAAAUAUGGAUCCAAUAGUCACGUGCCCGUACGAUGAAGUGCAUCGCAUUCGUAAGAGUGUGAUACCCUACCAUAUAAUACGAUGUGGUAAACAUUAUUCUUCGGCGGGGAAAAUACGUUGUCCGUUCGAUGCGUUUCACAUAAUUGACGAAGCUUACUUUCAGCAUCAUGUUGAAAACUGUGCAAGCAGUGGGAAUGUGAGAAGACACAUAUAUGAUUUAGAACCACCACUUCAAUUAGGCACAAUACCAUUGGAAGCAGUUAAAUAUUUAUCAGUGCCUAUAAUGAAAGAUUGGAACAAGGAACCUGUUGAGACAUAUGAUCCUUGGAAACAUACUGAAACAAGAAGUAUCAUACGUUCUAUGCCAGGAGGGUCAAAAUCAAAGAAAAAGGAGUUUAAAGUCGCAGAGCGUAAAAGAUUACAAGCUUUAGAAACAGUGAAUACAUUUAAACCAACUCUGACAACUCAGUUUAAACAUAAGGAAGUAAGAAAAAGUACAAACAUUCUAGAACUGAUUAAAAAAAUGAGAAGAUUAUCUUUGGAUGAGUUUGAUAUAUUGUUACAAAGUAUUGACAUCAGUAAGUUAUUGAUUAGUGAUAUUGAAGACAGUAAAGAAAGAUGCAUGUCAGAAGUUGUUGAAAAGAUGCUGGUGCAGAAACUUAAAGAACUAAUGUUGCAUUGUUUGAAGAAAGAAAGUUUUUGA